ACAUGUUCCUUUUAACAACACUCCAGCGUUUGGGAACUGAGGACAGUAAUUGUCGAAGCUUUUUAGAGGGGAUUCUUUCCCAUUCUUGCUUAAUGUACAACUUCAGUUGCUCAACAGUCCGAGGUCUCUUUUCGUAUGUAGUGCUUCAUAAUGUGUCACACAUUUUCAACUCUUGGACUAUAAAGAUACGCCAUUGUAACAUGCGCAAGGCAUGGUAUUGUCUUCCUGAAGCUGGCAGGGACGUGCUUGAAAAAGACGCUGCUUGGAUGGCAGCACACCUUUCAGCAUCAAUCUGCAGGUUUACAACAAACCUCAAUAUUAAUACUAAUUCUUAUUACUGAGUUUAAAAAAAAAAAAAGUACACUACUAGUCAAACGUUUGUACAGAGUUUCUAAUUCCAUAACUCUUGAAAGUACAAAACCUUUGACUGGUAGUGUGUACAUAAUAUGAAAAUGGUUACUUGUGGUUUUAUUCAAAUACAAUUCAAUAUUACUCUGAAUUAUUCCAAUUAUGAUUCUCUACAUUUUCAAUUCAUUUAUUUGAGGUUUUUACGGCAGAAUUGUCUCCCUCUGUCGGUCCCCAAAAAAUAAUAAACGAGUGUUUUGUUACGGUCACUUUGUCCAUAAAGUUGUUUCAAAACAAGAUGGCGGUGUGGAUGCCGCUGUCUUCCAAGAUGUCACCUCCAGCCUCUCUGGGCUGCUCUUUGCUCCGGAGAGGACAACAUUCCUCCAGCAAACUGCUCAAAACCUUCAUACCGUGUCGCAGACGAGGCUACGCGGCGGAAGCCCGGCUUGAGGCGCAGGCCGAGACCAGCGCCGGCUCGGGCGGCCCCCUGGACCACUACGGCAGGCUGAUCCGGGACGGGACCUUGCGCGAGGACGAGCAUCAGAGGGCUGUGAUGCUCAGACUGGACCAGCUGCACAAAACGCUCCGCGGGUACAGCAACACGCCCGCGUCCAUAUUCCAAAAGUUAUUCGCCAAGCCGAAGCCUCCGAAGGGUUACUACAUUUACGGCGACGUUGGCACGGGUAAAACCAUGGUCAUGGACAUGUUCUACUCGCACGUGGAGACGGAAAAGAAAAAGAGGGUCCACUUCCACGGCUUCAUGUUGGACGUACACAAACGCAUCCAUCGCCUUAAGCAGAGUUUGCCAAAGAGAAAAGUGGGCAAGAUGGCCAAAUCCUACGACCCCAUCGCCCCGGUGGCCGAGGAGAUCAGCGAGGAAGCUUGCCUGCUGUGCUUCGACGAGUUCCAGGUGACGGACAUCGCCGACGCCAUGAUUCUCAAGCAGCUGUUUGAGAACUUGUUUCUCCACGGCGUGGUCGUCGUGGCCACGUCCAAUCGCAUCCCUGAAGACUUGUACAAGAAUGGGCUGCAAAGGGUCAACUUUGUGCCUUUUAUUGCCGUGUUGCAGAAAUAUUGCCAAACUCUUCGUCUGGAUUCAGGGAUUGACUACCGCAAGAGGAACAGACCCGCCGCCGGGAAACUUUACUUCCUUUCCGGUGAGCCCGAAGCAGAAGAAAGUCUUGACAAGCUUUUUGACGAGCUGGCCUUCAAGCAGAACGACAUAACGCGGCCGAGGGUGCUCAACGUGCACAACAGGAAAGUACGUCUGAACAAAGCGUGCGGAACCAUCUUGGACUGCACGUUUGAGGAGCUGUGUGACAGGCCCCUGGGGGCCAGCGACUACCUGGAGAUCUCCCGCCUGUUCGACACCGUCUUCAUCCGCCACGUCCCGUUGCUGACGAUCAACAAGAAAACGCAAGCUCGCCGGCUCAUCACGCUGGUGGACGCGCUCUACGACCACAAGGUGCGCGUCGUGAUCCUGGCCGAUCACCCGCUGGAGGAAAUCUUCGUGCUCGAGGGCGACCACGGCCACGACGAGAGCCACAUCCUCAUGGAUGACCUGGGACUCAAAAGAGAGGAGGCCAGCGGUCUGUCCAUUUUCAGCGGUGAAGAGGAGAUGUUUGCCUUCCAGAGGACCGUCUCCAGGCUCAGCGAGAUGCAGAGCGAAGAAUACUGGCUGGAGGGGGACCGCAGCACCAAGACCAAACGUUAAUCCAGUUCCGUUUUUUUUUUUUUAAUUUCAUUAUUUUGGUUUUCAACAUCCCAAAUGUACCGUUAAAAAAAAAAAUAAAACCAUUGUUUGUGGGCUAAAAAUGUAAAUGAAAGGGGAAAACAAUGUGUUUUUAAAAUUGGGGUUUAAGGCUACACUGAAAAGAAAAAAAAAAGAUGUACACAAAAUUAAAAUAUUAAGUCUAUUUUUUAGUAUUCCAAAUCUUCAAAAAUAUGCUUUAUUCUCUUGAUUUUGCUAUUAAAAAUAAUGACUUAAUCUUGAAGAUAUACAACUAAAGUUUUUAAGAAAAAUACAACUAUAACUCACUCAAAAAUAGACAUACUAAUUUUUCCAAAAAUAAACUAUAACUUUGUAAAUAAAAAAAAUUCUCACAAUAUAAAAAUAUGCAACUUUUUCCUCCCCCCUUCUUUUCAGUGUAGCUCCAAUACGCCGAGUUUUGAAACAGAAGAACACUACUCCUACUCAAAGUACUCACUCCGAAUGAUCUUGGUGGGAGAUGUACAGAAAUUAUUUAUUGCAAUCUUUUUGCACUUUAAGACGUGAUUUUACGGUAAAGCUUUUAACACAAGCGGUCCAACUGCGUGAAGACGACGUGGGGAAGGAUUUCAAGCUGUCGUGACAUCAAGCAAUACAUGCGAAAAUGUUCUAAGUCAAGAAUUUUGUAAAAUGCAACUCAAAAUGUCCUCAAAUUAAAUGUACACGAUAUUCCUUGACAUUGUACGUGUGGUUUUUAAUUUUCAGAAAUUAUGUCAAUAUUUCACCAAAUAAAACGGGUGGGCAGGCUAUUAGCCGCUAAUGGCUAGCUUUCAGAAUAUGGCUGUGUGCUGGUUCGCGGUGAAUUUUAGCG